CGAUCUCUCGCGAGGCACGUCACAAAUUCCUGUGCGGCAAUCCCCGUGUGUGAUUCUUUUGCUUUCGUUUGUACAUCACUCAUAUCGACUGUAUUUUAUCUCAGAGAAAUUUGGUUCUUCGUAAAAAAGCAUCCCUUCUGCUCGACACGAUGCAUUAAUUCACGGUUACAUUACGCACGAAACGACAGACGAGGAAACGAAUCUAAAUAUGCAAAUACCAGUGGAUUAAUCAAAAUACUGAAAACAAGUACAUUAAAGCCUUAAGAGCACUUCGUUGUUCAAUAAGCUUCAAAUUGUCGCAACAGUCAUAAAAGAAACAUAGUACGUAAUACCUAUAACUUAUGGUGAUUAUAUAAAAAAAUAAUACGGAACGAUAUUUUUCGGUUAUGACCAUGAAUGAGAAUAGUUAGAAGAAACUUUACAAGAACGGCGACCGCAGCUAGAAAUUUAUCUCGGUGUAAAACAGAAAAACUCGACGACGACGAUCUAAAUGAAUCGAUGUGAAAAGUUGAACGGUUUGUAAAACUUCCGGCGGACGCUGCACGAAAUAAACACAAAGUAAUUAACCUGGAACGGAAAUGAAUACGCGGGGCAAAAGUUGGCUCAAACUAUCCGAAAGUUCGGGAUCUGAAUCAAGUUGGGGCAGUUUAUUCGAGUCCGAUUUUAGGGAGGAAUACUUGGGGCGAGAUUGAACGACGACCAAGACGAAGGCCAAUCGACUUGUGGUUCGUGCAGAUUUUACGCUGCUGCCGCGAGACUUGAAAAUGUUCCUAAUGACAGACGCUCAUGGUGCAGAGCCCUGCUUGAUCUACACCUUUAUUUACGGAUGCCGAUUCAAUAGAUAAUGACGGAAUCGCCAACUCCUUCCAGCGUUCGUACCGCCGUCGAGGACAAAACCGACCGAACAAUCGCUCUGCAAAUUCAAGACAUAAACAGCCAGGUCGCCCAGUUCCGGGACUUGUUAAUUAACAUUGGUCAACCACGCGACAGUCCCGAACUUCGCGAAAAGAUCCGGAAGCUUCGUCGAAGUUGCGUCGAAGCUUGUAAAAAUACUUCGCAACUGGUCUUACCACAGAUCCGCACCGCUAUGGAUCAGGGAAUACCAGCCGACAGUCCUAACCUGGUUUUACUCUUUUUCGUGACACAACUCUUCCUCCGGGAAUUGUACAAGAGUAAAAACCUGCUGCGAAUUGUCCCCAUGGACAUGACAGGAUACUACGAAAGCAAAGCAGGGCCGUCAAAUAUUGGUAACGUAAUAUCCCAGAUCCUUUUGUGCAAACCAAUAACCCCAAACUUUAACGAGGAGGAACUGUGCAGUAUACAAAAAGACUCUGAAGAAAUCAACGCCCUCAUUAAAGAGCUGCAAGAAUUCAUGCCUCAGUCGGAAGCUGACACAGGGAACAUUCCUGUGUUAGCGUCAAAAAACCUGAGUGAAUUCCAUUAUGAGGCCGGAUUUAGUUUCACUUUCUCUACUUUUAAAAUAGCAAGUGAGCUUGGAAUCCCAGCUUCCGUCUGCCGAUCAAUUAGCCAGCUCUUUAAUUGUUAUCUCGAGUUCAAAGAAAAAAAAACACGUCGCUCUACAGGAUUCUGCGACGCGAAGUAACGGUGCUAAUCGAACAAGUUAUCGUUGGGACACGAAAUCUGGACCCCCUUCCUACUUCCAAGGAAGUUUUAGUUUCCUAUGCUGCACAGGACGGCCAGCUAACAUUUAGCGAUAAUUAAUCAUUAUACAUAUAUACAAUAUUAU